UCUCUGCCUCUACUGUAGUUUUAAUUUCAAGUUUAACAAGAAUUACUUUACUUAACUUAAAGCAUUCUUUCCAAUAAUUCGAACCCAAGUAGCAUACGGGAUUGAAUAUGACCAAAGAAUUGGGACCAAGAGAAAGGUUUUUUGCUCUAAAUGGUCUGGUAUGUUUGGUGCAAUCUAUGGAAGGCAAAACAACAACGGUCGAUCUGAGAAAUGAAAGUUCUAUCUACGGAAAAAUUGAUGAUGUUGAUGCGUUUAUGAACAUCAACAUGUCUGAUGCUGUUCUUAUUAGCGGCUGUGGGAAAAAAUAUAAAUUUGAGAACUAUUAUGUUCAAGCUCGGAAUGUUCGCUAUGUACAUAUACCUCAAGAGGUGAAAAUAAUAAAGUCAAUAGAAAGGCAACUGGGAAAUUUUUUGAACCCUAGAAGAGGAAGACCAAGUGAAGAGUCAAAAAAAUCAUUCAAAGCUCGAAGAGCUGCAAGGAAACAACAAGAAACCAUUGCAAUGAUCGAAAAGAUGAAAGAAGACAGAUUGAAGAAAGAAAAAUCAGACUGAAAUUUGUUCAUACAUUGUUUUAAUAUAAU